CUAUUCAGACGUCCAUUGUCAGUUAUGUUACAGAACUGUAAAUAAAUAUAUUAAGGUCCGGCGUUUUAUUUUUAAGCUUGUUUUCAUCAGCGCGUCUUCCUCACAAGUAUUGGUACCACUUCUAACUUUGCGGUUGCUAUGACUGCGAGUUCAUGCGAGGCUGGUAGGGAGGGAAGUGACGACUGGGACUGUUGUUGGGACACGUGACUGGAGCUGCACUGAUCUGUUUUGACAAGCAGUGGGGAGGGAAGUGAGGAGGGCAGGCAGACUGUAAGCAUCACGACUGAGGAGGACUCACUGUUCCUUUCAUCUGCAUUUCGUCUGAAUAAUAGCAGCAUCGACCUUUUAGUUUUAGUAGUCAACUGGCCCUUAAAUUAGCAUCUGCUACUGAGUAAACGCUCGUGGAAAACGUUGCCCCCUGUUACGAAGCGUUGUUGGAGUAGAGUCUAACUAUUUGUUGUUGGUUUGAAAAGUUCGCAAAGGAAGUCCGCACAGGUGGCGUUUCUAACGUUAAAUAGAUGGCGACGGUUCAGAGGCUGCGGAUGGAUAGAAAGUGGACCAUAUCCGUCUGAUAUCACUGGUUUACAUUUCGUGAGACGAAUGAUGCGCUGAAUAUGUUCUCGUAGCAACAAAAAAAAAAUACCGAGACCGUCCGUCAUCGGUAUCGGUGUUUGCAGCUGAGCUGUGGCUACCUGUGCUACAUUGGGGGUUGGGAUGUUUGGUUUGGGAUGUCGUCGUCACCAGUAGACGCUUAACUAAACCGUGACGAUUAAGUUAGUUAACGGUAGUUGUGUUUGCUGUCUAGCUAGCUAACACUGCUGAGUUAGCAACCCCUCUGGUUUUAGCAGUGUCGUUGUGAGGAGCCAAUGUUACAGGAGAGGGGACACAGAAAUGCAUCGCGACGUAACUAUGGUUCAGGUGGCGGAAUUUGAGACGAGUUGUAAGAGUAGCCAGCUUGCUAGUUAAAUGCUAGUAGUCAGAUUGCUUACUCGCCAGUAAACAGACUGACAACUCCAUUACCUAACGCUAACUGUAACGGGCUAUCAGCUGUCUUUGUGUUAGUCAGUUGGACAAUACAGUGCGACUCGAUGGAAGCCUACAGUAGCAUGCUAACAAAGCAAUGCUUUGUUGUUAGGUAGAGGACAGCUGGCACCAACACACAGGCAUCAAAGCUGAUAUUAUUGCUUAGCUUAUACAGCAGGUCUCAGUCACAGAGGAUUUGGGGUUGGCUGUGAAAAGGCUGUGUGUGAUAGAAAAAGAGACGACUGAGCAAGAUACCUGCAAGAGACCCUGAAGGCAACCUGAUGACACUGGACAACAUGAAGUCGGAGCGAGACAUUUGGAAACACUGCCGACCCUGUUUGAGUUAAAAAACUCUGGGAUUGUGUUGUAGUCUUGACGGGCAGAAACGGGGACCUUUGGAAUCGACGACACAGACACCCAGAUGCAACCGAGGAGUUUUUCGAGUACGAUACGGAGGAGUUCCUGGUGUUCCUGACCCUGCUCAUCACAGAAGGAAGGACACCAGAAUAUUCUGUGAAGGGUAGAACCGAGGGGCUGCACUGUCCACCAGCCCAGUCGGCCAUGCCGCCUCUUCACAAGCACGAAUGCAGCGACAAACUGCCCCAGUGUCGGCAGGCAAGGCGAACCCAUUCGGAGGUGAUCCUGCUUUGGAGGAACAACAUCCCCAUCAUGAUCGAGGUCAUGCUCCUGCCAGACUGUUGCUAUGGUGAUGAGUGCCCCCCAAGUGACCCCAUCAGCGACCCGGUCAUCAAGCAAGAUGCUCUGCUGCUGGAGAGAUGGACCCUGCAGCCAGUUCCAAGACAAAGCGGUGAUCGUUUCAUUGAGGAGAAGACCCUGCUAUUGGCUGUUCGCUCCUACGUCUUCUUCUCCCAGCUCAGCGCCUGGCUCAGCGCCUCCCAUGGUAUCGUCCCGAGAAACAUCCUGUACAGGAUCAGUGCUGCUGAUGAGGAGUUGGUGUGGCAGUUUUCCCAGCCGCCUUCAGAACACAUUUUCCCAGUCCCCAAUGUAUCCCAGAGUGUUGCGCUGCAGGUUCGUGUCCAGUCGCUCCCCCGCCAACCCACCUACCCAACCCUGGCCUGCAGCAUCCAUACAGGUCUGCCUCCGCUUUACAGCAAGACCCCCAGCCUCAACCCAAACCUCAACAGCCAUGGUGGCCUGGCCACCCACAAAAAGAGCCAGGACCCCAGCAAAGACAACCUCCUUCACAACUCUAACAUGUACAGCAAGAGCUCCAACUCCAUGUCUGGCCUUCUCCUCAAUGGAUUACCCAUUCCUAAUCUCCCCAUCAACAACAUCCCCAUUAAUAGCCUUCCCCACACUGCUGUCCCCCCUCCUUACAGCAAGAAGAGCCAGGAGCCUGGUGAGGACCACGCGUAUCAGAAUGGAGAGCUUCCGCAGGUCAACAUCCCCCAACGUCAGGGCUCCCCACUGUUCCACAGGUCCUCUCACUCCUCCACGCCCUCCCGCUCUCACUCCCCCUCUCCACUUGCCACAAGUAAAGCUGGGAAGUGGCUGUACUCGGCUCUUAAUGGUUCAUCUGACCCGACACAAGUAGAGGACUAUGGGUCUGGCACUAAUAGCAAUGAUAGGUCAAAGGGGCCCAUCCCUGAGCCACUGAGAGCUUUUAAGAACUUCUCCUUGGCUGAGCCACCCCGUUGCCCCUCCCCAAGGGCUGCAACCGAGACAAACCCCCUGAUUGGCUCCCUGCUGCAGGAGAGACAGGAAGUUAUUGCCCGCAUCGCACAGAGGCUCAACUUCUGCGACCCCACAGCACCGCCACUCCCUCCCGGCCUUUUUGCUUCUGACAACCCUCCCAAAGCCAUGUGGGGCAGUAACCAUGACGACAUAACUGCCAGUAAGACCAAAGAGCCAGAGGUACCGCCCUAUGAGUCUGUGGGACGUGUGUGGCCCAGCCCCUUCAACACACCCGUGACUGACCCUUCUUUUAACAAACGGGAGAGCUCCUCCCCUAAACCUGCAGCAUGCAGGAAGCUGAAAAUGACUGAGAUAAGAGACAGAGAGGAUGAGAGGAAUGGAGAGAGGGAGAGAGAGAAGGAAAAAGACAGGGAGAGAGACAGCUCCCUGAUCGCCCAGGCAGUACAAGACAUAACUAGACUCAUCCAGGAGAGACUGUCUGUCCCCUCUCUGUCCCCAAGGCAUAGCAGGAGCGGCAGCCAUCUGCACCACACACACACGACAACAAUCACACACACGGUCCGCACAUACUCACACACCACACACAUCCCACAAGCCUCACACACUGCCACCAACGGCCACAUACCGAGCCAUGAACCUCACAAAGGCAGCAGUCGCACCGCUGCCGCACACCCGCCCGUUUGCACAGAAAAGCCCCGGGUCGAUCCGGGGGCUGAAUGCCAUUCUCCCCGGGCCCAAAAUGGUGCUUACUUUACACUUGAAGAACCCUCAUUCAAAGGCCAGCCCCACGCCCAGGCUGGUCGCUGUUUACGAACUCCCCCACAGGAAAAGCUUGGAGUCAGGACACCCAGCAGCCAUGAAACCCCAUCGGCCUCCCCUGUCCUUGAGAACAGCCCAAGGAAUGCCCAGAUCUUUAGUUGGACUUGCAAUGAUGGCAGCCCAGCAAUGAACUGUAACAUAAGCCACAACCACAGCACGCCUCAGCCUCAGCUUCAGUCCCAGAUGCAGUCCUGUGCACCAGCCCAAGCCUCUGCCCUGCAGGAUGAGAACCAGGCACCCUCGUUGUCUGGAUGCUCCAACACCUCCAGUCCAGACGUGACUCCAGACAUGACCCCCCCUUCUACUGUCCUGCGAGCUCACAGCCCCUCCCCGCUGCGCCCCUGCAACAGCUGGAAGAAACAGAAUCGCCACUCAUUAGACGCCACAGCGACCAAGGCCUUCCACCCGUGUACUGGCCUGCCUCUGCUCUCCAGCCCUGUUCCUCAGAGGAAAAAUCAAACGGGCUACUUUCACCUGGACACCUCUCUGGUUGGCUGUAAGGGUUUGCCUUGGGCCUCUGGGAAAAGGGUGUGUCUUAAGAGAGAGGGGUACAUAGAUGAGUCACAGCAGCUGUUCAUUGCCAGCGCUCCACCUGCCAGUCUCAGUCUGCUGGGAAACUUUGAGGAGUGUGUGCUGAACUACCGCCUGGAGCCUUUAGGGUUAGUGGAGGGUUUCACCGCAGAGGUUGGAGCCAGCGGGUCCUUCUGCCCCAGUCACCUGACCUUACCUGUCGAGGUGUCAUUCUACAGUGUAUCCGAUGACAAUGCUCCCUCACCAUAUAUGGGUGUGAUCAACCUGGAGUCCCUAGGGAAAAGGGGCUACCGUGUACCUUCAUCAGGAACCAUUCAAGUGACCUUAUUUAAUCCCAACAAGACAGUAGUAAAGAUGUUUGUUGUGAUGUACGACCUACGAGCCAUGCCUGCUGGACACCAGACCUUCUUGCGCCAGAGGACCUUCUCUGUUCCCGUCCGCCGUGACACAAAUAAUCAUACCAGCAGGAAGCCCCUCGGCCAGGGACGCACCUUGCGCUACCUCGUUCAUCUGAGGUUCCAGAGUUCUAAGUCUGGGAAGAUCUACCUCCAUAGAGACAUCCGUCUGCUGUUUUCCAGGAAGUCCAUGGAGGUGGACAGCGGAGCUGCCUACGAGCUCCAGUCCACCACAGAGUCCCCUAUUGACCCACCAUUCUCUCCCCGCUGCUGAGGCCUGACUCCCUCCCUCCUCCACCCGGCAGGCGACCACCGAAGCGUCAAUCACACCUUGAUGCCAGCGAUAGACUCUUACGCAGCCCAUGGCUAGAUAAACGGCACCUAAAAGAGAAGCAAUUUAAGGACUGCAGUCAACAAGACUUACCUGGCAUGUGCCCAAAAAUCUUAAGUUUCAUCCCUUCUGUCACCCCAGAACUGACAAGGUGGUGCUAAGAGCCUGGGUGACUCGUCAGAGAUGAUGUUCUUUGUUAAGUGCACAACCUUGGAUUAAAGAGGUUGGGUCAAAGGUUAUGGUUGUAGAGUACAGUAUGUUUCAGAUCCUGUUCUCCUGGUUAAGAAGGCCUUACCAGAUAUAAUCGUUCAAUCUUUUUCCUGCUGUUGUGUGUAUCCCCUCCAGCGUCUGGCAGGAGAGUAGAGACCAGUGAUCGUCUACAGAAGCAGUUAGACACUUAAAUUAUUUCAGCAAAGUUUAGGCUACUUUACUCUUUUUUUUUUUUUACUAAAAUCAAAAAUGUUAAUUGGACCUGUACUCAACAUAGUGAAUGCAUUUUCAACCUCAAUUAAUGUCAUCAUAAAUGCAAUACAAGGCCCAUUUAAUGGUAAAAUAUUUUGUUUUAAAUCCUAAAAGAUUAGAUUGAUUGAAUUGAAAGUGAAUUUACCUUUGACCCUGUGAUUCCUGAGCUCGGAGCAGAGGGAGUGCGUAUGGAAGAAGAAGUGGGUGUUAGACUGCGGUGCAACGCCAUCCCCUCGUCCAAAAAAAACAUACCAUGGACCACUAAAGAAGUUGAACAAGCAAUAAGGCUAGAUUCAACUGAAAUCAUCACAGCAGAACAUCACAAGUGCACUGUGGAUUUUUUUUUCUCAUUAUAACUGGAAAUGAAACAGAAAAUAGUAAUAUUCUAAUACUUUUGUACUGUUACAGAACCACUUUAUUGGAAGUGUUGCAAUAGAAAGAGUAACCUUAGUUUAGUGUUUACACAUUCACUUUCAGUUUACUUACCAUCAGUUUAUUUAAUAUUUAAAUUAAUAUUUUCAGUUACUACCUGUGACGUCUGUCAUGCUAAGAUGAUGUAGUGCAAACUGUAUAUCAUAGUAUGUAUUUUUGACAUUAAUAUUCAAAUCUGAAAAAAAUAUAUCUAUAUAUCUUCUAAAGCAA